GAUUGACAACGGCUUUCCAGGUGCAAAACUCAGUUCGACGGCAGUUUCAUUCCCCUUUUUACCGCAUAAGAAUGUUCAAUCGAGUCAAUCUGUCUAAAGUUCUCAGGCAAGCAAAGUGAUAGUUGAUAGAUGUUGAUAGUUUCCAUCAGUAUUUUUACUUGCCAAGCGAGAAACGACGGAAGAUGGUCAGACUCACGAAGGGAACGAUAUUCGUCAGACCACGCGGGUGACCGAAGCAUAUCGGUUCGAUGACGAAGCGUCGGUGACGGUGACCGUCGGACACCCCAAAUCGCUCGACAGAUUCGACUGAACAUCUCGGAACCCGGGCGACGGGCAACGGGCGAUGGCAUGUGGAAUGUACUGGCUUUGCUGGCCUUGGCAUGCACAGAGGCUCAAUCUUCUGACACGUCCAGAUGUUCCGGCGAUCAAUUUUCUGGUGACGACAUCAUCGAACUUCAAUGCCUGCUGGAUCCUGACUUGCAGCUGACAGCCCUCAUUGGUCACGGAGAGAGUGGAUAUGUUUGGAGGGGCAGGAUGGCCCACAGGGACGACGAAGUCAUUGUGAAGUUUCAUUGUUGCCAAGAAGAGUGCCAAAAUGGGAAGGUGUGCAGUGGUGAAUCAUCCAUGGCUGAGCUGCGCUACGAGUGCGAAGCUCCCAGGUAACAAGUUCCAGUUGGCUGGAUUUGAAGCAUUUCAACGAGCUCCGGAUUUGGUGGCAGCUUGCUUGGACGACCCGAAGAUGAAGCCACCUAAACCCUUUAUAGUCUUGAAGGAUGUUGGCAGCUACUUUCGCGCGCAAUCCUUUGUGACAGACUUUCUGGCGGAUGAUCAACGAAGCAAUCACACCCUCUUACGUCAAGUCUUGCGAGCAGUGCACGCUUUCCUGGUUCCAAGGGAUGGCCGUUCACUGGUGCAUAUGGACUUGACCAUGGCGAACAUCAUGUGGGAUCCAAAGACCUUGGCUGUGCAGCUGAUCGACUUCAGUCAAGUCGAGUUCUGCAAGACCCUCAUGUGGAACAGGGCAAGCCCAAUGCCGGGGAGGUGCAUUCCAAAGCAAUUGCUGAAGGAUCUCAAGAAAGAGGUUUUACAUUUGGCCUUGUUGGUGGAUUUGUAUGGAAGUUCAGAGCAGAAGCGGUGCUCCAAGCAGGUCACGCGCAUCAACUUCGAGAAACGUAGAGCGCAAAGGAAAACCACCCUGGAGUACGUCACAGACGCGUUGCAAGAGAGCUGUUUGGUGUUGAUUUCACCUUGGACAUGGAGCUUCAUAGAUUGGCUGAGCCACCUGGACCGCCGAAUUUUGCGUCAACUUGAUGAUGCUGAAGCCAAUUCUUCUGGAAUAAUCUUCAUGAACGACAUUUUUCAGGAUUUCGAUCAACCAGCAUGGAGCUUUCAUGACGUCUCGAAGCUGUAUGACAUCAAUGAGCUCUAAGAUCGAACUUUCACAAGCUCGAAGUGACGACAUAAGGCGCCUGAGGCGCUCAAGGCACUGGUUGAGGCAUCGAAAAGCUCCAAAUGAGAGAAGCAACGCUUUCAAUCUGAGAAGCGACUUGGGGAAGACAGAAGAAGCCAUGCAGCCAUGGCUUCAUUGUUUCGGAGCCAAUGGCCAUGCGGCCAGCGGAUGGACGAGCUGAAGAGCUGGCCCAAAAAAGCACAAGAAGCUAGAGCUCCCAUGAGUUCCCUCAAGGGUUCAAAGCGCCGUAGCGGUUUGAUUCAGAACUUCAGAAAUGCAACAGCUAGUAGCUAGACUAUAGCUUUGAUACAUAGAGUCUAGAGACUACGGUUCUGAGUGAGUUGCUCAAAGCGCAGCUCAAUCGUCGCACUCGAGACUCAGGUGGCGAGCGGCCGAUAGCGUUGCCCAGUUGCAGCCCUUGGAGCCUUUGUGUUGGCCGACGGAUGUGGCUCAUCUUUGAUUUUCGAGACAAGCUGAAGCGCCUUCAGCAUGGAACGACCUACGACUCCUCUGUCCUGCUAGGA